UCACUGCGGGUGGGCGUGGUUAUCCGUCAGUAGCAGUGCCGUAUCCUCCUGUUACGCUGCAGUUGGAGGUACAGGCGGUCACGCGCGCGCGGGGCUUAGUGGCAAAACCCAACCAAAGUGAUGGAAACGAGAGGGCUCCUUCUGUUCACCUGGUGACUCAGCCAGCACAUCACGCCUGUCACUAACCAACAUGUAUUGCUUAAUUAAAGUUGGGCCACCGGAUCCUGUUUGCGCCAGAGAGAGCGGCCAAAAGUAGAAGAGGAGUCCUCCUGAGCAUUGGUGAGUUUCCUGCUCGGAGAUCGGAUGUGGGACCGACGGAGAAUUUCCUCCAUCUGACAGUGCGUAAAGGACUUGGAUGUGCGCUUCGCUAUGCUUUAACCCCUGUAGUUGGAGUAGAAAGUGCGCUUUUAUGUGAAGCUCUACGCGCGCGCAAAACCAGCUUUCAGCCCCUUCGCUGCCUCUAGGAGCUUAAAGGUCUGAGGCACAAGAGCAGUCUCAGUCACUGCAAAGUUUGUUUUUGGGAGGAAAACGCAUCGGAGUCCUGCAGGUUGCAAGUUCUAGACUUUUAAAAUCAAAGUUAUCUAGUGGACUAUGGCUUUACCAGACAGUGGGAUUUCUGGGGAGGAGGUUCCCUUCCCAGAGAUAAUCGAACUCAAUGUUGGUGGUCAGGUGUACAUAACCCGCUACUCCACCCUCACAAGUGUGCCAGACUCUCUCCUGUGGGAGAUGUUCAGUCAGAAGUCUGCCAAAGGUCUGGCCAGGGACACCAAGGGGCGUUUUUUUGUGGACCGGGAUGGUUUCCUGUUCCGUUACAUCCUGGACUACAUGAGGGACCAGCAGUUGGUUCUUCCAGACCACUUCCCAGAGCGUGGGCGUCUCCAGAGGGAGGCAGAGUUCUUCAACCUGCCGGAACUUGUCAAGCAGCUGGCACCCAAAAUUAGUAAGCAGAACUCGCUUGGUGACGAGGGAUGUCAGAGUGAUCCAGAGGACUCUUCACCGGGGAUGGAUACCGUCCGCAGUCUGGGCUCCCUUGGAGCUACAGCUACCUGUUCCAGUCUGGGGCCAGUAGCCAUGGAUGGCAAACGCUCCGGGUUCAUCACCAUUGGCUAUCGAGGCUCGUACACACUGGGCCGCGACAGCCACACAGAUGCCAAAUUCCGGCGUGUGGCACGGAUCAUGGUGUGUGGGAAGACCUCCUUGGCCAAAGAGGUGUUCGGAGAGACGUUGAACGAGAGCCGUGACCCCGACCGACCCCCUGAGCGCUACACAUCCCGCUACUAUCUGAAGUUCACCUUUCUGGAGCAGGCCUUUGACAAGCUGGCAGACGCAGGCUUCCACAUGGUGGCCUGUAACUCCACAGGAACCUGCGCCUUUGCCCAUGAGCAGACCGACGACAAGAUCUGGACCAGCUACACUGAAUAUGUUUUCUACCGUUCUUCCUUAGCAGCUUCCAAAGUAGUGACCUCUGACCCUCCAGUACCUGAUGAAGUGGCAUCACCCAAACACGCCAAUCCCACUGAAUCAGCCACAGUGGAACUCAGUUGCACGGGUCGGACUCAAAGCCUUCCAGAAACUAGCUGCAUCACAACGUUUGACCUUCAAAAGUCAGUUUCUCCUCCUCAAACACCCCCGCCACCCCCUCCCCCUCCCCUCCCUGCCCUCGAUGUCGCCGACCUUCCACUUCCUUCACCCCCAAUCCUUGUUCCGCCUCCACUGCCACCCAAGCCCUCUUCCAUUAGCAGUCCUCCGCCACCGCCAACGCCACCCGCCGCCGAGAGCCCCCAGCGCCCCACCACUCUUAAUUUGAAGACACUCCCGCGGCCCUCUGUCAGGGAGAACGGCGGCCCCCCGUCUGGAAUAAACGAGGACGAGGAUGAGAGGAAAUUGCUGGAAGAGGAUCUUAAAAAAUGCAUCGAGGAUUUCAAAAAGAUCCGCUUGCCAAAAGUCUUUCCAGAUCGCAAGAGGCACUGGCAGAGUGACUUACUCAAGAAGUACAAUGCUUAGAGAACACAGUUUUAACACAGCAUGCUGCACAAAGUAGCAACAUGUGUCAGCAAGUCUUUUUCAAGCUCCAAUAAUCCUUUGCAUGUCAGCAGAACUGAUUUGUUUGAUACAGUGUAAUGCUUAGACAGAGUUAUUCUAGUGAUCCCACAAAUGCAAUGACACAGAGAUGUUACGUUGCAUUUAAUUGCAAGCCAAAAAACAACUGUAGCAGUGAUUGUUAGACAUACAUCAACUGUUUUCAUAUUUUUUUAUAUUCCACUAAAGCAUACUGAUGUCAAUAAAUACUGAUCUUUGCUCUUUGUUUAUUUUCAGGUUAUCAAACAGCUGAAAAAAGCAUGAAGUUGUAAAACAUUUGACCUUAAUGAUGUAAAAUAAAAGAGAAAUGACUGAAAUGUA